AUGUACUCCACAAAUAUUGAAGGUCGACGUAAACAUAUUCCUCGCAAGAUAUAUACGCCAACACAACAACCAUCAGCUAUAAAUCCAAAAUAUUAUCUUUUGCUUUUGAAUGAAACUGAAACAUAUCAAAUUGUAGCUAAAAGCAACAUAAAAUGUGUUGACGAUCAUGGUUCAACAACAAUUACAAUUCGUAACAAACAACUCAAAGGAAAAACUAUUCUUACUGGUGAUUUUUUAAAAUUUAAUCAUUCAUUUCAAUCUUUUUAUUCUCUUUCCUUAGGUUCUUUUGAUGAAUGUGAGAAGGAAAUGAGUCGAAGAACACGUCUAUCUCAACAAGAUAAUAAUAAUGGAAUCGAUUCUGAGAAAGGUGAUGAUGAUGUAGAGAAUGAUGCAGCGACGGUUGAUACACAACAUCGAGUUACAACUCAAUCUCACUUUGCACAGGAUUCAUCAGCUGUACUGGAUUUUGAAUCAUCACGUAAAUAA